GUAUAGUGAAAUAUAUCAGUAUUAAAUCUUCAUUUGGAGACGAGCUGAGGAAUAAAUGGCAUUCUAAAGCAUCUUCAGAACGACGAAUUUGACACGUACAAUAAAACAAGAUUGGCAAAAUGAAAAGAUGCGAAACAAAUUUAGAAAUCCUGAGACAGACGCCGAAGCUACAACAAAAGCAACAUCAGGAGCAACAAAAACAACAAAAACAACAACAUCAUCAACAACAGACCGACAUUAUCGAAGAGCAACUAUGUCUCUUUCUCCAGCCCACCACGUCUGCUUGGGGUGAUAGAAUGGUGAGUAAUCGUGGUGUACAACUGGCGGAUGAAACUAAUAACAAUUCCAAUAAUAACAAUUCCAAUUUCUCGUUCGCCCAUUCGAUUCCAAGCACGUCCGAUAUGAGAACGGGUACUCUAUCGUCUUCGAGGAAUAAUAGCUUAUCAUCUAUAUCUAGUCUAACCGAGAGUACCACGAACAAUAAUCAGUCAUUCAGUGAUGCACAGUUACCUAGAAAGUGUAGAUUAUGUUCCUACGUUGCGAAUUCCAGAAUGCAGUAUAUCGAGCAUAUAAUCACUCAUUCCAUGUUCACGAAAAAUUCAUAUGUGGAAAAUGACGAUUUAAACGGAUACGUUGAUGAUGACAUUGAAGACUUCGAGGAUUCCGGUAAUGAAUUAGUCAAAGGGAAGAAUGAAUUAGUCAAAGGAAAGAAGAAAAAUAAAAUUUCUAAGCCAAAACCAUGCAGCAAAUGUGACUUUGUAGCAAAGACGAAAUUGGCGCUUUGGUUGCAUUUACGUCAGCAUUUCACACAGGAAGAAUGUUCCGGCUUCGUCUGCAACUCGUGCCCAUUCGCCACCACGCUCAAGCAUCAUAUGACAUUCCAUUGGUUUAGUGCUCAUGAUGAUUUUAAAGCAUACAUAUGCUCAGAAUGUUCAUAUGCAUGUGUGAGUAAAUCAAUGCUAACUAGUCACAUGAAAACGCACUCGGAAGUCUAUCAGUACAAUUGCGGCAACUGCUCAUACAAGACUAAAUUCUGCAAUGCAAUGAAAAAACACCUAAAAGAUAGUAAGCAUCAACCAGGCUUGGUAUUGAAUCCAGACGGUACGCCGAAUCCAUUCGCCACUAUCGAUGUUUACGGUAAUAAACGCGGACCCAGACGAAAGGCGUUUGUAGAAGGAAAAAAAGAAUUGACAGAAACCAUCGAGGAUAUACCAACAAAUUUAAGAAUAACUUCCCCGAUUUCAUCGAUUUCAACUCCGUCAGCUUCGGUUUUAUCAAUUCCGAAGUCAUCAACUUACAACUCUACAACCUCAGACUCGCCGAAUUCAGUUACGGAUCAGCCAUUGGACCUUAGUAUGUCCACAAUGACAAAAAGACAAAAUCAGUCACAAUUGGCCAGCAUCAGUCACUUUUCAAAACGUAAGCGUAAAGCGGUAAAACUAGAAUAUCCCACAAUAACAAUAAGUGAGAAAAAAUUUCACAUAGACGACAACGUCACACAAAUCCAAAAUAAAGAUCAAACGGAAUCAUCUCUUUCAACACUUCUAACGGCAAGUCAAUCUGAUCUCCAGGAAACAAAUACGACACAAAAUAUAAAUAUAUAUAAAACAUCAUUUAUUUGUUAUCAUUGUUGCAUUAUUUUUGCGAAUGAGAUCAUGUACGCAGUACAUAUGAGUUUUCACAAAGUUAAAAGCCCUUUCACAUGUGCAGUGUGCGAUCAGAAGUGCGCAGAUCAAAUUACAUUCUUUUUACACCUCAUUCAAACAAAACACGAGUAA